AUGCCAGGGGCACAGCUGACCAGCCGCCAGGUUUGGGUGCAGCUGCACUGCCCAUGUACAGGACCCUCAUGUCUUGCUUCAUCUGCUGCUGCAGGGUUCCCUGCAGACUGCAGCAACCUCUCCAGCAGCAGCCCCAGUGGGGUGUACGUCAUCCAGCCGGCCGGGUCACCCCCACGGGUGGUGUGGUGUGACAUGGACACCGAAGGCAAGGGCUGGACUGUUGUCCAGAGAAACACUUACACCACUGAAAUCACAUGGAAGGAGUCCUGGACCACCUACAAGUAUGGCUUCGGGAACGUGCGGGGCGAUCACUGGCUGGGCACCGAGUACCUGCACCUGCUGACGCAGCAGGGCACCUACAAGGUCCGCUUUGUUGUGCAGAAUAAAGCCAACAUCACCUAUUACGCUGAGUACGACAUCUUCAGCGUGGAGAGCGAGGCUAGUGGGUACCCGCUGAGGCUGGGCCGGUUCCUGGGCAGCGGGGAGGACUAUCUGACCAGCUAUCACUCCCGGUAUGGGGGCAUACACGACAACAUGAAGUUCAGCACAGCUGACAGGGACCAGGACCAGCACAGCGGGAACUGCGCCAACAGCUACGGGGGCUGGUGGUACGACAAGUGCCAGAACGUCCUGCUCAAUGGCAAGAGGUACAUCUUCUGGCCAGGAAUCUGCCCAAGCGGAGAUUGCACAUCGUCCCUCAUCCUGGUGAAACCCACAGACGUGUGCUGACCAUGUCACAGUGCCCAGCCUCCUAGGAGCCUGUGGAAGCAUCCCCGUCCCCAGCUCAAUGUCCCGCUCCUGUGCCUGCCAACAGCUCUGUGCCAACCCUGGUGCCUGUCCUGCACUGCCCACAGCUCCCACACCGCCACCAGCUGAAGCACAGCGGCUCUGGGGCUCAGGAGCAAUCGCCCAGAGCCCUGGGCAUGUGGGCAGCUUCGCCCAGUGCCGCGGUGCUGGCUGGCACUGGGACGCAGGCACUGUCCUGGGGAGGGGGAGACAGUGCAAGUUCCCUCCCUGUGCGAUCGGUGUACCCCUGCUUUGCUCGGGCCCUGCUCCCUCCCUGGGCCCCUCACGCCCCACAGCUCUGCUACCCAUGGUGGGAGAAAUCAGCUGCAAUAAACCCU